AGACCACACACUCAGAGUAAGGACGACGGACUUGAAUCCUUCUCUUCAGGCAACUUCAAGAUGGGUAUCGGGUUGUUCUUCGUCACGAUCGUUUCCUUCUCUUCCUUUCUUCAGGGAGGAAGCGCCGAUUAUGAACAUCACAUUUCGACCUCAAAACGCUCGUCUCCGUUCGAAGUUGCUCUAGAAAAUCUACAGAAGCAACUUGGUUACGAGUUCCAGAGCAGGGGUUUACUUCGUCGGGCCAUGACCCACCCUUCUUUUUCUGGCGAGAACAAUAAGGCCUUAAGCAUUUUGGGCGCCGGCGUGAUAGAAACAUCCGUUGCGCUUAGCUCAAUCUCACGGAAUGCAGAGAUAUCCACAAAGGAUCUGAAUCGUCGGAUCAUCGACAUCUUCGAAGUGAAUAGCUGUGCUGCUGAUGGGCUGGCGUUAGGGUUGCAGAAUGUUGUUAGGGUUUCGCGGAAAACCAAUGCUUCGAUGCCAGUGGUUGUUUGUGGUGCUGUCAGAGCCGUCUUUGGUGCAGUUGCUAUUGAUGCAACUACGGUUGAUGUUGCUAGCAAAGUCUUCUGGACUGUCCAUGGUGAUGGUGGCCUACAACUUCGUGCUUCGUAAUUGACUAAUUUUCAUUCUCUUUCUUAACUUGCGAUCUUGGUUUUCCUUAGUUUUACAGUGUAUGAACUGGUAUUAUUGUGGAUCUUUUGUAAAUACUGAUUAUGCACAAGAGUUGUUUGACC